AUGUUCCUUCCCUCCGAGAUACUGACCGAGAGUAAUCCCUGCUCGUCACCAGCGAGUCUAGGUGGAGGCUACACUGAGGGUAGUCUAGGUGGAGGCUACACUGCGGGUAGUCUAGGUGGAGGCUACACUGAGGGUAGUCUAGGUGGAGGCUACACUGAGUGUAGUCUAGGUGGAGGCUACACUGAGGGUAGUCUAGGUGGAGGCUACACUGAGGGUAAUCUAGGUGGAGGCUACACUGGGGGUAGUCUAGGUGGAGGCUACACUGAGGGUAGUCUAGGUGGAGGCUACACUGAUGGUAAUCUAGGUGGAGGCUACACUGGGGGUAGUCUAGGUGGAGGCUACACUGAGGGUAGUCUAGGUGGAGGCUACACUGAGGGUAGUCUAGGUGGAGGCUACACUGGGGGUAGUCUAGGUGGAGGUUACACUGCGGGUAGUCUAGGUGGAGGCUACACUGACGGUAGUCUAGGUGGAGGCUACACUGGGGGUAGUCUAGGUGGAGGCUACACUGAGGGUAAUCUAGGUGGAGGCUACACUGAGGGUAAUCUAGGUGGAGGCUACACUGGGGGUAGUCUAGGUGGAGGCUACACUGAGGGUAGUCUAGGUGGAGGCUACACUGAGGGUAAUCUAGGUGGAGGCUACACUGGGGGUAGUCUAGGUGGAGGCUACACUGAGGGUAAUCUAGGUGGAGGCUACACUGGGGGUAGUCUAGGUGGAGGCUACACUGAGGGUAGUCUAGGUGGAGGCUACACUGAGGGUAGUCUAGGUGGAGGCUACAUUGGGAGUAGUCUAGGUGGAGGCUACACUGGGGGUAGUCUACGUGGAGGUUACACUGGGGGUAGUCUAGGUGGAGGCUACACAGAGGGUAGUCUAGGUGGAGGCUACACUGAGGGUAAUCUAGGUGGAGGCUACACUGGGGGUAGUCUAGGUGGAGGCUACACUGAGGGUAGUCUAGGUAGAGGCUACACUGAGGGUAGUCUAGGUGGAGGCUACACUGAGAGUAGUCUUGGUGGAGGCUACACUGAGGGGUAG